UGUGUGUGUGUGUGUGUGUGUGUGUGCUAGCUUUUUUCAUAGCAAAGUCUAAGUACUCGGCUAGUACGAAGCUGUUAAAGUUCACAAGUACGUGUGUGUUUGCUCUGCGAAAGACGCGUGCGCGUGUAAGUGAAUAUGAGCUGUAUCAGUCAGUCGCUCAGUCGUGGUGUGAGCGAGCGGCUCUCUGGAUAGCAGCAGAUUCAAUGCAAACGAGUGUCGGAGGUGAUGAAGGAUCAGGGCCGAUGUUGCAGAGGAAGGAGUCACUUUCUGUCCUCUCUACAUCAGAGAAGUGGCUCUUCAGUGGGCAGAAGAGAAAGCAGAGGAAGAGAGAUGUGGAUUCACUCAGUCUGUGCAGCUUGGACAUCAAUGAGCCCAGCACCAAGCGUGUGAAGCCUCUGUCUCGAGUGACAUCUCUGGCGAGUCUCAUCCCUCCAGUCAAAGCUGCUCCGCUCAAGCGCAUCGGACAGACGCUGCAGCGCUCCAUCAGCUUCCGCAGCGACUGCAGGCCGUGGGGCCGGCAGAUCGCACCAGCCAUCACCAAACGCCGCGACAGCAAGCUCUGGAGCGAGACAUUCGACCUGGCCCUGGGACAUAUGCUGUCCUCCACAGAGAUCAAGAGACAAGAGGCCAUCUUUGAGCUGUCUCAGGGAGAACAGGACCUGAUUGAGGACUUGAAGCUGGCCAAGAAGGCGUAUCGUGACCCCAUGCUGAAGCUGUCUAUUAUGACAGAACAUGAGCUCAAUCAGAUCUUCUUCACGCUGGACUCCCUCAUUCCACUGCAUGAAGAUUUGCUGAGUCGACUCCGAGAGGCCAGAAAGCCAGACGGUUCGACUGAUCACGUGGGCCAUAUUCUAGUAGACUGGCUCCCUUGUCUUGAAACCUACAACAGUUACUGCAGUAACCAGGUAGCAGCCAAAGCAUUGCUGGACCAUAAGAAACAGGACCAUCGGGUGCACGACUUCCUUCAGCGCUGUCUGGAGUCGCCCUUCAGUCGUAAACUGGACCUCUGGAGCUUCCUGGACAUCCCGCGCAGUCGCCUGGUUAAAUACCCGCUACUGCUGCGAGAGAUGCUCAAACACACGCCGAACGACCACCCCGACCGCCAGCACCUCGACGAAGCUAUGAACAUGAUCCAGAGCAUCGUGGCUGAUAUUAACACUCAGACGGGCGAAUCUGAGUGCCGUUACUAUAAAGAGCGCUUGCUGUAUUUAGAAAGUGGUCAGAGAGAUCUGUUGAUCGACAGCUCACGGAUCCUCAGCUGCCACGGAGAGCUCAAGAACAACAGAAGAGCCAAGCUGCAUGUGUUCCUGUUUCAGGACGUGCUGGUGGUCACCCGGGCCGUCACCCAGAAUGAGCAGCUGUGCUAUCAGCUCCACCGGCAGCCCAUCCCCGUCAGAGAUCUGGAGUGGGAAGACCUGCAGGACGGAGAGGUGCGCCUCGGAGGAUCCAUCAGAGGAGCCUUCAGCCACAGCGAGCGCACCAAGAACUUUUUCCGGGUGGUGUUUCGCAGCGGAGGACAGCUGCAGACGCACUGCUUCCAGGCCAGUGACGCCUUCAAUAAACAGCAGUGGCUCAACUGCAUUCGACAGGCCAAAGAAGCUGUGUGGUCAGCAGAGUCUGGAGCGGCGCAGACAGCCUGUCAGGACGGAGCGAGACCGCAGCAUGAUGCACAGCACUGACGCUAGCUCUGAGUGCCCACAAAUGCUCAGCCCUGUGACCGUGUGCUGCUGCACCAGCGAGCCUCUUCAGUAGUGUGCCACCGUUUACAGGAAGCACUUCUCUGAGUCUGACACGGCUGUCGGUGGCUCUUAACUUGCGUGUUAUUCUCGUGCCUUUCUUUCACUGUACUGUCCAGUCUUUC